CUCCCACCUUCCCUUCUGUUCUAAGUUCUAACUGCGGACUUGGGUCAUUUUUUAGUUUCUCCAUCAGUAGCCGAUCCGCUCCAGAAAUCAAAGAGCGGAAAGGAAAAUCGAUCAAUCGGUGAAGCGAUCCACAGAAGAAGAUGGCUCUGAAUCGUGCAGCCUACACAUCUCGUUCCAAGCUUCUCACACCGCUCACCACCUCCCUCCGCCGUCCUUUCUCCUCGGUCGCCGAUGACGAAACUGUCCUCUCCAUUGAGACCAGCGUCCCCUUCACAGGUCACAAGGUCGAUCCUCCCUCUCGCAUCGUCGAGACCACUCCUAAAGAACUCAUGGGAUUCUUCACCGAUAUGGCUCUCAUGCGUCGUAUGGAAAUCGCUGCCGACUCUCUCUACAAGGCUAAGCUCAUCCGUGGUUUUUGUCAUCUUUACGAUGGUCAAGAAGCUGUUGUCGUCGGGAUGGAAGCUGCUAUCACCAAGAAGGAUGCUAUAAUCACUGCUUACCGUGAUCACUGCACUUUCCUUGCCCGCGGUGGCAAUCUCCAUGAGGUCUUCUGUGAGUUGAUGGGUCGGACUGGCGGUUGCUCAAAAGGGAAGGGAGGGUCGAUGCAUUUCUACAAGAAGGAGAAAGGGUUCUUUGGUGGGCACGGAAUUGUUGGUGCUCAGGUACCACUCGGCGUUGGUCUAGCUUUUGCUCAGAAGUACAUUAAGGAGGGUACCGUCACUUUCGCUUCAUAUGGUGACGGUGCUGCCAAUCAAGGGCAACUCUUUGAAGCGCUAAAUAUUGCGGCUCUUUGGGAUCUACCUGCAAUUUUGGUCUGUGAGAAUAAUCAUUAUGGAAUGGGCACAGCGGAAUGGAGAGCGGCUAAAAGUCCUGCUUAUUACAAGCGUGGGGACUAUGUUCCUGGUUUGAAGGUUGAUGGUAUGGAUGUUCUUGCUGUCAAGCAAGCUUGCAAAUUUGCUAAGGAGUAUGCUCUGCAAAAUGGGCCCCUAAUUCUUGAAAUGGAUACUUACAGGUACCAUGGACACUCCAUGUCAGAUCCAGGGAGCACCUACAGAACACGUGAUGAGAUUUCUGGUGUGAGACAGGAGCGUGAUCCUAUUGAAAGAGUACGAAAGUUGAUAUUAUCUCAUGAGCUUGCCUCUGAGAAAGAUUUAAAGGAUGUUGAGAAGAAUGCCAGAAAAGAAGUAGAUGAAGCUAUUGCAAAAGCCAAGGAAAGUCCAAUGCCCGAUCCUUCUGAACUGUUCACUAACAUAUAUGUCAAAGGUUAUGGAGUUGAGGCAUUUGGACCUGACAAGAAAGAAAUGAGAGCGGUGCUUCAUUGAAGUUGGAACUGCGAUUGAGGACUUGACUCUCAGGUCUGAAGAAAUAAAAGAUGGAGGUGAUUUUGUGUUAUAUAGGCUAUUGCCUCUGCUUGUAACCUGCCCUUUUUGUGUAUAGGAAAUUGAUUCUUCACGAAGUUGCUGUUGAGGUCUUAUGUUUCAGUCACGGGCCUCACGGCCUUGUUAUUACAUUAGUCCUUUCCUGGGUGAAAUAUCUCAUUAGAUUCUUCCCUUGGAUGCAGGAUGCAUCUGCAAUUCAUUUUUGCAUGGAGGAUUGAUUUUUAAUGUA